UAAUUAUCCAAAAAAGUGGUACACAGUUAGUCUAUCAGAAAAUUUUCAAGCAAGUCUAAUUACUCAAUCUCCUCGUGUUUCUACGUGCCACUAAUUAGCAGCAAUCAGCAAUCACUAGCUGGUGAAUAUUAACCCCAGCAUUGCACAUUCUACAAGUAACAAGUAAACUGAGACAAUAAUAAUGCCUGCCGUCACCAAACUAGCCACGUUUGAAGAAAUUUUGGCAUUGGCCAAAUCGACAUAUCAUGAAAUUUUUGGCGCUGAUCCAGAACUGGCCUGCUGCGCACCAGGACGUGUUAAUUUGAUUGGUGAACAUAUCGACUACAAUGACGGUUUUGUCCUGCCAAUGGCGCUCCCUAUGGUCACACUGAUCGUUGGCGGCCGUCGCACGGACACUAAGGCUUCAGUGUUUACGCACUGUGGUGGAUGUGAUGACCCAAAGCAUGUGGAAUUUUCGCUACUCGAUUUGAAACCGGAAGCGCCAAAAUGGGCCAACUAUGUGAAAGGUGUCAUUCAUAAUUUUGCCAACGAAGUGAAGUUGGAGGGUCAGUUGCCUGGCUUCAAUGCAAUAUUUGCAUCCAAUGUACCAGUGGGUGGCGGUUUGUCUUCGAGUGCAGCAGUUGAAAUGGCGACUUUGACUUUCCUGGAACAGUUGACCGGUAAACAACUGGAGAGCAACAAGAUACGCGCCCUUGUAUGCCAAGCCGCCGAACACAAGUUUGCUGGUAUGCCCUGUGGCAUUAUGGAUCAAAUGAUUUCCGUCGCUGGACAAAAGGAUCAUGCGCUGCUGUUAGACUGUCGCUCCUUGGAUGCAUUCCAAAUACCUUUUAUUGGCAGCUCCAAGGAUUUUGUGGUCUUAAUUUGCAAUUCAGGUGUACGCCACGAAUUAUCGCAUAGUGAAUAUCCAACAAGACGUAAACAAUGCGGCGAGGCACUCAAGCUAAUGGCAAAGGCGAGCUAUAGAGAUGCCAACGAGGAUAACUUGUCAGUGUUGCAGUCAGAUCCGGUACUAUUGCGUCGCGCCCGACAUGUCAUAACGGAAACGAAACGUACACAAGACGCGGCCGCAGCCUUGAAGGCACACGAUUUUGCAAAGAUGGGCGCACUAAUGAAAGAGUCACAUACAUCACUACGUGACGAUUUCGAAGUAUCCUGCCGUGAAUUGGAUGUCCUGGUCGAUGCGGCCAUUAAUUGUUCUGGUGUUUUGGGAUCACGUAUGACUGGCGGUGGCUUCGGUGGCUGCACCGUUACGCUACUGCAACGCAAUGCCGUUGACGAUGUGAUUGCGACGAUGCGUACAAAUUUCAUUAAAGAAUUUAAUAAAGAAGCCGCUGACCAUUUGGGAUUCUACAUGUGUAUACCGAGCAAUGGUGCGCGACGUGUCGAUUUGUGAGGUAGCAAUGGAGAAAAAAAUGAAAUAAUAGUUGUUGAAGAAAUUGGAAAAUAUGCCAAUAAAGCAAAAUAUUUUUAGAAA